UAGUAACAGAUUCCCUUUUCUGGAUUUGCAGGGUGUGAGGAUUGCGGUAAAAGCCUUAUAGGAGAAUGCAAACUCCAUGGACCACUCAUCAGGGCUAAAGAUAGGAUUAUUCCUAGCCGAGCCCGUCUCACCCUACCUCAUUACCUCACUUUGCGAGUGUUGGAGUUGCGAGGUGGAAACCAGCAGAUCCUUGGAGUAUUUGCAAAGAAAGUAAUACAGAAGAGAACACAGUUUGGUCCUUAUGUUGGUCAACUCUCUACAAAACUUACCUGCUAUGAUGAGAGCAGGCUAGUCCUGCAGGUAUUGAAAGAUGGAGGGAAGUACUUUCUGGACACUCCCAAUGAAGACUGUGGAAACUGGAUGAUGUUUGUCCGGCUAGCCCGGAACCAAGAAGAACAGACCCUUGUGGCUUAUCAGCACUGUGGAGAAGUCUACUUCACAACCGUUAAGCCAAUUGAACCUCACACAGAAUUGAAAGUAUGGUAUGCUGCUGAUUAUGCCAAAUUUAUGGAAGCUUCUGCAGUCUUCAUUAAAGAAGAAUCUGAUGUCUGUCCUUUGCCUCCAGUAUCAAAAGAGCCUGUAGACCCUUGGACAUGCUCCAGCUGUAGAAGCAGUUUUGCAACUUUUGCUCUGCUGGAAUCUCACCAGUGCAUCCAUAAAGACCGAGUCCUUACCACCAGGUUCAGACCACCGAAUAAAUUAGGACCCAUAAAAGCAAAAAGCAAACUCAAAGGGAAACUGAGAGGAGCGGCGUUAGGCAAAAGCAUUGCUCAGUGCCUUGGGACCAUUUCCUGUUCCUCUGCUGCAAAGCUUGGCUGUGGCAGCUCAGGAAGCACUUGUGAUGCCCUUGCGAGGCUCAUCCCUAAAUGGAGAAACGGCCGAUCGGCACUGCUGAAGGGACGAGAAGCGAAGCAGACUGACAGCUUCCCUUGCCGGCUCUGUGGGAAGACAUUUGACUCCAUUGACAAGCUCACAGUCCACACUUACAUGCACAAAGGGGAGCGCCCCUACAAGUGUUCACAGCAAGGAUGCACAAAAGCCUUCAUUUCCAAAUAUAAACUGCUCAGGCACUCAGCCACUCACUCUCCACAGAAGUCUCACCAGUGUGGCUACUGUGAAAAGACCUUUCACAGGAAAGACCAUCUAAAGAAUCAUCUGCAGACUCAUGACCCUAACAAGAUGGCCUUCAAAUGUGAAGAGUGUGGCAAGAAAUACAACACCAAACUAGGCUAUAAGAGACACUUGGCUCUUCAUGCAGCCACCAGCGGCGACCUUACCUGUAGGGUAUGCGCCCAGGAGUUUGGCAGUACCGAAGUUUUGUUGGAACACCUCAAAACCCACGCAGGGAAACCAACUGGCAGUACAAAGGAAAAGAAACAUAAAUGUGACCACUGUGAGCGUCACUUCUAUACCCGCAAGGACGUGCGGCGGCACAUGGUAGUUCACACAGGCUGCAAAGACUUCCUGUGCCAGUUCUGUGCCCAGAGGUUUGGGAGGAAGGACCAUUUGACUCGCCAUACUAGGAAGACUCAUCCACAAGAACUGCUGAAGAGCAGAUGGCAGAAUGGCGAUUCUGUGGGUCUCCUUGACCAGAUUUUCCCCUUCAGGCUGAAGGAAGAUGCCAGCCUAUUGUCUCCUUUUCCUGAAAGGGUCUCUGUGCAGAAUGGGCUGUUGAGUAAUUCAGAAUCGGAGGAAUACAACUGUUCACAUCUUCAUUCCCAGCCAAGCAUACAAACUGCUCUUCCUCUUGAGCCUUCUCAUUUGCAAAGGAUGGGCUGUGCAGACAGCCUUCCAGCUGUCCAUACCGUACCAUGCUCAACAGCCAUUCCUGCCAACCUGAACCUCCAUCAGCCUAAUAAAUAUGAUGUUAGUUCUACCUCAUUUGCAGCAGGAUCUCUCAAGAAUCUACCGAUAAAAGUGGACGUUAAAGGUUAUAACGUGCAUCUUCUUGAGGACCUGCCCUUACCAGAACCUCAGUCUCUCCACAAAAUCAAUCUGGAAGAAGCUUCCUCAGGGCCUGUAGGGGAUACUAACAAGUACCCAGUGCACAAGGAGACAGAGGCAGCAGCUGAAACUACAAGCCUGCCUUUCAUGGAUCUCACUCAUGUGAUGAGUUUCUGGCAGCUCCCACCAGGUGACAACCAGAACACUACUGGGGACAUCACAAUGGCAUUUGGUCCAGAGGAGCCAUCACACAGGCUGAAUGGCCUUGGCCAACAGCAAAGUCUUCAGCUUGCAACUGGUGGGAUGGCCAUAAACCAGUUGCAUCAUCUUCCUCGCUCCUUCCCUUCCACUACAAAUUCUGUAACAUUGCCUCAUUUUCACCAUGCCUUCAAAUAACUAUCACUGUGGGAUCGUUUUUUCCCUUCUUUUUAAGACUGUGCUUACUUAAAUCUGUUAGUAUGGGGUGUUUUUGGUUUUGUUCUGUUUUGAGGAAAAACUGCCCUGAAUGUUUUCAAAGCACAUUAUGGACAUGGUAGCUAAAUUCAGGAUGUUAAUAAACAAGAAGCUCUAUUUUUCAUACUACUAUUAUUUUUUUAGUGUAUUAAAAUAGCUGAACUAACAUAUUUCCCUCAAUGCCCCCUAUAUUUUUGUUUCUUACCUUUCAU